AUGUUUUUACUAAAUUGUUUAAAAAAGAUUAUAACUCCUAUACCGAAUUGUCCACACUAUUAAAGAAAUUGCGAUAAGAAAGCUCCUUGUUGUGGUAAGUUUUACCCUUGUAGGCUUUGUCAUGAUGCUAAUUAUUAAGGGCCAAAUUCUAAUGGAUGCAAAACAGAAAUCAUGGAUCGAUAUAAUGUUACAACAAUCAGAUGUCGAAAAUGUUUAUGUGAACAACCACCAACUAAUAAGUGUAUAUAAUGUGGAAUACAAUUUGCUAAAUAUUUUUGUUCUAUUUGUAAAUUAUAUGAUGAUGAUCCUAAUAAAGAUGUGUAUCAUUGUGAUUAAUGUAAGAUGUGCAGAAGAGUAAUUAUUAUUAUUAUUCUAGGGAGUUAAAGAACAAAAUUUUCAUUGUAAUGUAUGUGGUAUCUGCUUAUCCAAAUCAAUAUAAAAUUCACAUAAAUGUUUAAAUCAAGUAGUCGAUAACGAUUGUCCUAUUUGUUUACAAAAUCUAAAGGUUUCUACAAAUUAUAUAAUGUAAUUACCUAAUUGUGCACACUUUAUUCAUUCAAAAUGCUUCAACCAAUUAAUUUAAUCCAAUUAAAGAAAUUGUCCACUUUGUAGUAUUCCUAUUGCUGUAAUUAUUUCAUAUAUUAAAAGAAAAUGACUAUAAAUGAAAUUGAAUAAUAUGAUAAAUUAGCCGAGGAUGUAAAAUAAUUAUUACCUGCUCAAAUCUAAAAUUAGAAAGUUUCAAUCAAAUGUUUGGAUUGUAGAUAAAUUUCAAGGGAUAUUUCUUCUAAUUACUAUUUAAAAUGUAGCCAUUGUGGUUCAUACAAUACAAAAUAAUGA